AUGGCUGCUCGUCUCCCCCAGCAGGUCGCUCGUCUCAUCCUCUUCAGUGGCCCAAAUUGUUCGCUUUGUGACGUUGCAAAACUAGAACUGGCGAAAGUCAGACAGUCAUAUCAAUUCGACCUGGAAAUAGUCAACAUACAGGAUAAAGGCCAGGAAAAGUGGAAGAAGAAAUACGUCUACUGGAUUCCCGCACUCCAUCUGGAUGGGAAGGAGAUAGCGAAAGGUCGCUGGGACGCCACUGGAAGCUCAGGAGGAAGCUGUCUAGAGAGUAGUCCUUGCGGGUCCGAUGUCACCCCCAACUUUUACAUCGAUACCUCGGGGUCAGUUUUGUUUCAGGAAUUGUCACCCCAAUGGUACCUUUAUGACAGGCAUGUCCCAACUAUCCUAGGCGAGACUCCAGGUCCAUCGCCUAAACUCCUUGAUGCUCGCUUUUGCUUCAACUGCGACAGGUUUCAUGUUGUCGAAGCUUGGAAGCAACAACGGCUUGAAUGGUUGGAGUUUUUCCAGCCUGGGAAGGUUUGGCUAUAUGGCAUGUCACAAUGGGGCUACCCUAUAGGAUGGAUGAGUGAUGAAGAUCCGAGGGACUCUGUUCGCCAAAGGAUUCUAGGAGACUUCCUCACCGCAGAUGCCGAUGACUCUUUCCUCAUAAUUAGUGACGAAAAGGACCGCGAAGUUCUCGACCUAAAUCUCGCAAUGUCUUUCUACCCCAAACCAGAUGGGGCCGAGAAACCGGUUACCGAUGACAGUUCACCUGCCAACUCUGACCUGGAGCCUCUCUCAUCUACACCCCGUAGGUGGGCAAUAUACCCCACUACUUAUUUCUCCUCGCACCACCUCACUGUCUAUAAUGGAACGGCAUUCAUGCCAUUGACCGUCGCGACUUCUCGUCCCGGGAGUACCUUUACUGCAGAAAGAAGAGCUCUCUGGGAGCAAAUUAUCUCUGGGACCCUAUACUGCGAAUACGCUGGUUCCUCCUUGGAGAUUGCCUGGAGCAUUUUCUUCGCUGCAAUCGCACGACGGGAACCAACCUACCACCCACCCACCCACCACCACCACCCUCCACCCCCCCUCCACUGCCACCUUCUCCGCCUUCCAUUUCUGCCACCACCGCCACCGCCUACACGUCCUCAAUAUCUUGCACUCUCCACAUUCGCUGAGGCUGAUGCCUCGAAUAGUAGCGACAUGGACAUGGAUCUUUCAGAUGACGAAUAG